GUUGAAGCCCUUGUUGCCAAAGCCCUGCUGGGAAAGACGGCAACAUCUACAUCUUCAAGCGUCGGACAGAAAAACGCGAGUGCUGCUGCACCUGCUGGUGCUACAGCUGGUAGCUCUUUGACCACUACUCCAGGCUCUGCUUCUGUUUCCGUUUCCUCG